CGAGGAGGUCUGACAACAAAGGGUAGAGGAAAACUUGAAAACCACAGCACCCAGGCAGGGGAUUUCCAAUUUAGCUGCUUAUAUAAACUGGAGGUGAGGUCCUUUGCUCUGUCUCCUGAUUCUGCUCCUCUGAUUGCAGACAUGGCUACUGUCGUCGAUGUGACUGUCCACUCUGAGCAAUGGAGACCAAUGACCUUCACUGCCCAUCCGGGAGACAGAGUGAAUAAGAUCAAUGAACAUGUCCGGUCUAGGACCAAGGUUCCCGUUCAGGACCAGGUCCUCCAGCUGGGCUUGACGACCCUGAAGUCCCAGAGAACUCUGUCAUCGUAUGGCAUAGACAAGGAGACGACCAUCCACCUCACCCUGAAGGUGGUGAAGCCCAGUGAUGAGGAGCUGCCCUUGGUUUUGGUGGAGCCGGGUGAUGAGGGGCAGAGGCACGAGCUCCAGGUGCGAAGGUCCAGCUCAGUGACCCAGGUGAAGGAGAUGAUCAAGAUGAAGACUGCUAUACCCCCUAAGAAGCAGAUUGUGAACUGCAAUGGAAAGAAACUGGAAGAUGGGAAGAUCAUGGGAGAUUAUGGCAUCAAAAAGGGCCAUUUACUCUUCCUGACAUACCCCUGCAUUGGCGGGUGACCAUCCUGCAGAUGGAGUGAUAGCAGAAAUGAAAGAGCUCAUUUCCUCUUACUUCUUACUCACUAACCACACCCUCUGAAAAUCUUCCAACGUUAAUGUGAAUGAUAAGUAGAAAGAGAAGAUUUAGGUUGGGCUGGUGAAGAAUGUUGUAGAACAUUUCUAAUUCAUUGAUUCUUUCAUUCUCACAUGAUUGAAUAGUUGCAAAAUUGCAUAUAAUACAUUAUAUGUUGAUAUGGUAGAAUAUAUUGGAAUUUGAACACCUAUUAGAGGUAAUAUUCAAAGCCAGCUUGCAGUUUGAUCCUGAAUUGGUUCUGUUUGACUCAUAGAAAAACUAUUUCCUUUCGCAAUCAAAAAGAGUACAUUUGAGGUUGUGAUCCAUGUUCUUCUAAUUACUGUGUUUGCAUCUAUGUUUAGCGCAGUGCUUCUUCUAUCAUAUCACUCAAAAAUUGUUGAGCUACACUUACUUUCUACUUAUAGAGAAUAGUGAAAUGCUUUAUCAUGAAGUGAGUUAUUUACUGUGAUGAUUCCAAUCUUAUUAAUAAAUAAUUUAGAAAUUCAAUCAAA